AUGACGGCUACACUGGCCGUGCGCGAACGCGCCCUCGAACUCACAGAGGAACGGUACGCCGCCGCCGUCCGCAAGAGCCAGGAACUCGAGAAGGAGAUCAUGCAGCUCAAAGCCGGUCUCAACGACGCCCGGUGGGCGAGGGCACAGCUCGAGAUUCCUCCCCGCCCCGUGUUUUCCUUCUCUCCUGUCUCGCCCCCCGCUUAUUCUUCAUUCUCAACCAACCCCGUCACCGUGUGGCCAAAUGACCGCAGGUCCUCGCCACAGCAUGGAACCUAUGGAACCUACGGAACCGUCUAUGUCGAUGUGGAUUUCAUGGUCGACGCCACGGGCCGCGUCACCCCCCUCAAUGUCCGGCCUCGGUUGUAG